GCAAGAGAUCAGCAGCAACACAGCAACGCAGCAGCAAGUUGCGAUCUGGUUCAGUUUCGGAGGCGUGAAGCUCUGGUUUGUUUCCGGCGUUGGUUUGCUUCCGGCGACGUGCGGCUCUGAUUCGUUUCCGGCUCUGAAAAUGAGUUCCCAACCACCAUCACAAUCUCCAACAACUACAAAGAGUAAAGGAAAAGCUUCCCAAAACUCCCAACCCUCACAAGGUUUAAAGGCACAUUGGGACACAAAAUCUACUGAAAUUUUUGUCAAACUUUGUGUGGAGCAAGUGAAAGCAGGUCACAGACCUGGUACGCACUUAGAUAGGGUUGGUUGGGAAGCAGUUAUUAACAAGUUCAAAAUUGCAACUGGAAAGUCAUAUGUUCGCAUUCAGCUUAAAAAUCGUUGGGAUACCUUAAAAUUGAGUGGGGUCUUUGGAAAAAUCAAUUGAGAGGUGAGACAGGGCUGGGGUUAGAUCCCUUGACUGGAGCUAUCAUGGCAUCUGAUGAUUGGUGGAAUUUGAAGCUACAGAGGUAUCCUGAUGCGGCCAAAUUUCGUGAGAAGCCAUUGACAUUGGCCGAUGACAUGGACAUACUAUUCUCUGAUGUUUCUGCAACUGGUGAGUGGGCAUACACUCCAAGCUCUGGAGUGUUUCUUGACACUGAGGGAUCUCACACCCCACUUGGUGAUGAUACUGAUACGGAAAUUCAUCCAUCUGAAUUGAGCAACCAAUGUCGUCGCCAAAAAGAGGGUCCAUCAAAGAAACAAAAGGGGAACAAAAAACAAUCGGUUGCCGGUGAGUUGAGUAAGACACUUAACCGCAUUGUCGAUGCUGUGGAGGCAUCAUCUUCAACUGGUACACAGAAUGCUUCUAUGCAAAAUCCGCACACAAUAACUGAGUGUUUGGCUAAGAUUAGCACAAUCUCUGGCGUUAGUGAAGACGAUGACCUUUUAAUUUGGGCUGCAAGGUUGUUCAUGAAACCCUCACUUCGUGAGUCUUUCAUGGCUUUGCCUAAUGAUGUGUUGCGUUUGAAGUUUAUUAAUCUCGAAAUUGCUUUGGAAAAGGCUCGCAUUCCUGGUUUUCGUGAUUAGUUCAUUGUGCGAAUGUGUGUAUGUUUUUUUUUUAUUAUUUUAAAAAACAUUAUUAGGACUAUCUUUAAUUAAUUUGGCUUGAUGUUAUAUUUAUGUUUGCCUCAGUGAAUUAUAUUUAUGUCGGCCUCCUCAAACUGCACAUGAAAAAUUCAACAAAACACAUUCAUCACUCAGGAGUGUAAUAGAAAGAUCAUUUGGUGUUUGGAAAGCAAGAUGGCCUUUUAUGAAAGAUAUUCCAUGCAAUUAUAAUUUUGUUUGUCAACGACAACUUGUUUGUGCUACUAUGGCGAUCCACAACUUCAUUAGACGAACUAAGUUAAGGGAUAUUCCAUUUGACUCUUAUGAUAAACAUAUUGAGUAUGUCCCUGUUGACGAGGAAGCAGUGGUAGGGGAAGACCGACAUGGGCAUCCAGUUCGUAAUGAUGAUUAUGAGAUGGAUUCAAGAAGAUAUGAGAUUUUAAUGUCAAUUUCUCAAGGAAAUAAUUAUUAAAAUAUAAUAAAUUUAUUUUUGUGUAAUAUUUAUUUCAUUGUAUUAUUAUUUAAAAAUGAUAGGGUUAUGUUAA